ACUUAACCUGUAUUUGUCACCAGAGUUUGUCACGUUGCGCUGCACGUUAAAAAAAUAAAAUCUAGUAUAAAUAUGGAAAUGGAAAAUAAUUCCGAAACAAACAUUAAUUUUGUUCCCUGUUUAAAAUGGAUAAAAAAAGGAGCUGCUAAUACACAUCCUGUUAAUAUUCAAUUAUCAAAAAAUGAGUUGGUGCAGAUAAUAAAUGAUGCAAAAGAGAAACUGAGCAAUGUUGAUAAUCAAGGAAAUCAGAAUGGAGAUGUUGAAAUGAAAAGUGAAAACAGUUUAGAUGAAUUUAAUUUAGAGGGGUAUGAUCAAGAUGAUGAAACUCAAACUGCCCAAGCGCUAGGAAUUCAUUCACUUGCUGAAUUGCCUACAGAAGCUGAAGACCAUUUUUCAGAAUCUGAUGAUUCUGAAAAGGAAGACGAUCUUAUCAAAGAAACGGAUAAUCUUAUUUUAGUUGGACAUGUCGAGGGAGAUGCUAGUAUGCUGGAGGUAUAUGUGUACAAUGAAGAGGAGGAAUCAUUCUAUGUACAUCAUGAUAUUUUGUUGCCUGCGUUUCCUUUAUGUAUAGAAUGGCUAAAUUAUGAACCGCAACAGCCAAAAGGCAAUUAUUGUGCUAUAGGGACAAUGUCUCCAAUAAUUGGGAUUUGGGAUAUAGAUAUUAUGAACUGUAUUGAACCUGCAUUUAAAUUGGGAAAAUCAGCAAGUGUUAGAAAAAGAAAAGAUGCUAUAGGCCAUAAGGAUGCUGUUUUAGCUUUGGCUUGGAAUAAGGUCUAUGAACACGUAAUAGCCAGUGGAUCUGUAGAUCAGACAAUUUUAUUGUGGGAUAUGGAGACACAGACACCAAGUACCACAAUUAAUGCAUUUGAGGAAAAAGUGCAGUGUUUAGAGUGGCAUAAGUUUGAAGGACAAACACUGUUGGCAGGUGGUUGUGAUAGUACAGCGCGAGUAUUUGACUGCAGAACUCCUGAAAAUCAUCAAACUUGGUCAUUAAGUGGAGAAGCGGAAAGGCUAUUAUGGAACCCUCUACAGCCCUUUAUGUUUCUGGCAGGUACAAGUACUGGUCAGGUGGAGUGUUUCGAUUGUAGAAAAGGUAAAUUGUGGUCUCUAGAGGCUCAUCAAAAUGAAGUUACUGGUUUGGCAAUUAGCUCUCAAUGUCCUGGACUAUUAGUAACAGCAUCUCCCGAUGAAACAGUAAAAACAUGGGAUUUUAAUGAUGAUAACAUUCCUAGGUUAAUUAAUGAAAAGGAAUUUGGAAUUGGCAGUAUACACUGUUUAGAACUUUGCCCUGAUUCACCUUUUGUAAUUAGCAUGGGUGGUGACAAAAAGUCUAACAAUUUCACAGUAUUUGAUUUGCAGAAUAUUGAUCCUGUUAAACAUACUUUUGGUUCGAAAGAUUUAAUUCAGCUAGUUCCUGAAGAAUCUACAAAUGACAUGUAAAUUUUAUGUACAAAUUUUUUAAAUAUAUCAUUUUAAUGUUAAUAAAUAAAAUUUAGUAGAAAAA